CCAGGGGGCGGGGAUUCCCCCCAGUGUCAGAGCUGCUGUUGCUCUGCUUUGACAUCUGUUGCUGAUCGGGACUGUAGCCGGGAUGGGGAGACUCAGCGGAUCUCUGCGAUGUCUCAAGUACCUGCUACUCACAUUCAACCUCAUCUUCCUGCUGGCAGGAUCUGCAAUAGUAGCUGUUGGCUUGUGGCUUCUAUUUACUGGAAAUAUAAAAGAACUGAGCGAGGGUGAUGAAGAUGUGUAUGCAUUCUUUUUCAUUGGACUCUAUGUGCUGGUAGGAGCCGGUGCAUUGAUGAUGCUGAUUGGCUCCUUUGGCUGUUGUGGAGCGGCCCGUGAAUCUCAGUGUUUGCUUGGGGCGUUUUUUGCCUGUCUGCUUGUCAUUUUUGCUGCAGAAAUCACAGCAGGAGUAUUUGCAUUUUUGGGCAAACAAAAGACUAUUAUCGAUGCUCAGCUUUUAUACACUAAGGCCUAUGAAGACUAUAUGAAAAAAGGAGGAAAUAAAACUCUGCAAGAUUUUCAUACUUUUGUAAAAUGCUGUGGAAAUGAAGACCCCCAAAGUGCACAGCAUGUGAGCAGCUUGUGCUUGGAGCAGCAUAAAGAACACAAGAACUGUUUGGAAGAGAUUGAAAAGGUGCUAAAUCAAAGUUUCCAGAUAGUUGGAAUUCUUGCUGUUGCCACAGCUGGAAUAACUAUCUUUGGUAUGAUCUUCAGUAUGGUCCUUUGUUGUGCCAUCCGCAAUUCAAGAGAUAUGCUGUGAUCUACCUAUUGUGCCUUCCACCCCAGAUCAUUAGAGUGGUACCUGCUGGCACAGGGACUGUUACACACCUGUCAGCUUGGACAAACCUUAUUACCCAAGCAUUGUAUAAUAGGCAAAAUGUUAUAAGCUAUGCUUUGUAUAAAACUAAGCAAUAUAUCAUAAAACACGUUGCUCCGAAGAACAGAUAUUAAAUGGUGUAGCCAUUUUGGAAUAUUACAUUUUAUGGUAAUGCUCUAGAGGAAUUGUCUCAUUAACAUGUAAUUUGAACUGUAUAAAGUUUCAAUACUUCUUUUAUUGUUGGUGUAAAUUGAGGCCUUAUCUUAUAUUUAGCUACAGUUUCAUUCUUUAACUGAAAUGUUAAUAUUGCUGUAAAAUUACUGUAAACAAAGUAGAUGUUUAAGAUCAUUUUAUGCAUUUUGGUUAUUUACAAAGAUAUUAACUAUUUGAAAAAAAUGCAAUGCUUGCCUGAUUUAUUAAAUGUAACAUGAAUGAAUGAAUGUCCUGGCAGUUCUAUAGAGUCGUU